AAGUUCCCACGAAUUACAAAUCAAAAUCAUUAUCCACAUUCAGAAACAAAUGAAGAGAAUGCCAACAUUUUGAAGAGGGAGUCUGGUGAUAUAGGAUUGGAAUAUGGAAGAUUGAUGGGUCUCAGACCAAGGAGAGAGUACUGUGUAAUUUUUGUGGAAGAGUUCCAUCAUGAAGAAUUCGAGUAUGAAGAGGAUGACGGAGAGGAGAUUACUUUUGAGGAAGAUGAGAUGAAGUGGUGACUGGACGAACUUACAUGGAUGAUGAAGAAUGAACUUUUUUAUUAUGUGUUUAUUGACUAUUGUUUAGUAUUUCGACAUUUUAUGAACUUGUGAUCCUAGGAAAUGGACACUACUUGCUUGUUAUUUGUUAUGUUUAGAGUUAACUGUUG